UGAUACAAGCGCGGUGCGGCAUAAGGGGAGAGAUAUGAGUUAUAGCCACAGACACAAGCGCUUGUUUAGUCUGAUCAGCAAAGGUCGCAGCUUCUUUCGAUUGGCCUCCACAGUGGCCGUUGGCUCCGCCGCCGCCACAGCCGCUCCCGAAGUAGCCUCAUCAGCAGCCACCUCAUCUUCUUCGACUUCGGCCUCAACUACGAUCUCCGCCAUGGAUGAUCUACAGACUCUGAAAACGAAGGUUUGCAUCAUCGGAAGCGGCCCAGCGGCCCACACAGCCGCCAUAUACGCGUCACGGGCAGAGCUGAAGCCCAUCCUCUUCGAGGGUUGGAUGGCCAACGGCAUCGCCCCCGGCGGCCAACUCACCACCACUUCUGACGUCGAGAACUUCCCGGGGUUCCCCGAUGGAAUCAACGGCAUCGACCUUAUGGACCGGUUCCGCAGCCAGUCCCACCGUUUCGGCACCCAGAUUCUGACGGAGACCGUCAACAAGGUCGAUUUCUCCACCAUGCCUUUCAAGAUCUUCGCCGAUUCUAAGACCGUCUUAGCCGAAUCCGUCAUCGUUGCGACCGGUGCCGUCGCCAAGCGUUUGGACUUCCUAGGAUCUGCAGAGGGAUCGGGAGGCUUCUGGAACCGCGGGAUUUCGGCCUGUGCCGUGUGCGACGGUGCGGCCCCCAUUUUCAGGAACAAGCCUCUGGCAGUUAUUGGAGGUGGGGAUUCGGCGAUGGAAGAGGCCACGUUCCUGACCAAGUACGGGUCCAUAGUUUACAUUAUCCACAGGAGGGAUACGUUUAGGGCGUCCAAGAUUAUGCAGCAGAGGGCCUUGACGAACCCUAAGAUCCAGGUGCUGUGGAACUCGGUGGUGUUGGAGGCCUACGGGGACAAAGAUAAUCAAAAUAAGCUUUUGGGAGGGUUGAAAGUGAAGAAUGUGGUGAGCGGGGAGGUUUCAGAUCUCAAGGUAUCGGGGUUAUUCUUCGCAAUAGGGCACGAGCCAGCCACCAAGUUUUUGGAUGGUCAGCUGAAGCUCGACUCUGAUGGUUACGUUGUAACACAGUCAGGGACCACCCAGACCAGCGUGCGCGGAGUAUUUGCUGCCGGAGAUGUCCAGGACAAGAAGUACAGGCAGGCUGUAACUGCUGCCGGCACUGGUUGCAUGGCAGCCUUGGAAGCCGAACAUUAUUUGCAAGAGAUCGGAUCCCAGGAAGGUAAAACCGAUUGACUACCGAGAAUGGGCCCAGAAUUUAAAAUGGGUUCAAUUAGGAGCAAUAUUUAAACAGGGAAAAGAGUUGGACAAUUAACUUGUUGAACCGAUGAUAUCGUAGCAUGUAUCUGGUGGAUGCAUUCAUAGAUUACUACCUUAUGCUGCAUGUGCUCACAUUAUUUUUAUAGAUUGAUUGGCUUGAUGAUCUGAGAAUGGUAGUGCUUCCUUUUGCAGUAA